UCUGGCCCCAGAGCCCUCUGGCGGAGAAGGCGAACUGUCUCACAAAACUCCAGUUCCCAGGAUCCCCUCGCACUCAGCCAGGGCAGCCCAGGCGGCCUCAGACUGCAGUCUGUUUCCUUCCGACCUCAGAGCAAUAAAGCAGCACCGUUUCCCUGGGUCUUUCUGGAGCUCAGUGCCUGGUGUCCUCCGAAGUGAGAUGAUGCCCAGACCUUCCAUGAGCUUCUUCCUGUCUUCUGCUUGUCCUUCCUUUUCAAGCUUAUAGAAGCAGCUAAAUGGAGUCUGAACAGCUGUUCCAUAGAGGUUAUUACCGAAGUAGCUACAACAGCAUAACUAGUGCAAGCAGUGAUGAAGAACUUCUAGAUGGAGCAGGUGUCAUAAUGGAUUUUCAGACAUCUGAAGAUGAUAACUUGUUAGACGGUGAUGCAUGUAUAGCUGGAACUCACUAUACAAUGACAAAUGGAGGAAGUAUUAAUAGUACAACACACUUGCUGGACCUCUUGGAUGAGCCCAUUCCUGGGGUUGGAACCUAUGAUGACUUCCAUACCAUUGAUUGGGUGCGAGAGAAGUGCAAAGACAGAGAGAGACACAGAAGGAUCAAUAGCAAGAAAAAGGAAUCAGCAUGGGAGAUGACAAAGAGUUUGUAUGAUGCAUGGUCGGGAUGGCUGGUUGUAACACUAACUGGAUUGGCAUCAGGUGCAUUGGCUGGCUUGAUAGAUAUUGCUGCAGACUGGAUGACUGAUUUAAAGGAGGGUAUUUGUCUCAGUGCACUGUGGUUCAACCAUGAGCAGUGUUGCUGGGCAUCAAACGAAACAACAUUUGAAGAACGAGACAAAUGUCCACUAUGGAAAACUUGGGCAGAACUAAUAAUUGGUCAAGCAGAAGGACCAGGUUCCUACAUAAUGAACUACAUCAUGUAUAUUUUUUGGGCUUUGAGCUUUGCUUUCCUAGCAGUGUCUCUCGUGAAGGUGUUUGCUCCUUAUGCUUGUGGCUCCGGGAUUCCAGAGAUCAAAACUAUAUUGAGUGGCUUCAUUAUUAGAGGAUACUUGGGAAAGUGGACCUUGAUGAUAAAAACAAUCACUUUAGUCUUGGCUGUUGCCUCAGGAUUGAGUUUAGGAAAAGAAGGCCCUCUCGUACAUGUUGCCUGUUGCUGUGGAAACAUCUUUUCCUACCUCUUUCCAAAGUACAGCACAAAUGAAGCCAAAAAAAGGGAGGUAUUAUCAGCUGCUUCAGCUGCUGGAGUAUCAGUAGCCUUUGGUGCCCCCAUUGGUGGAGUCCUUUUCAGCCUAGAAGAAGUCAGUUAUUAUUUUCCACUGAAAACUUUGUGGAGAUCGUUUUUUGCUGCUUUGGUGGCUGCCUUUGUUUUGAGAUCAAUCAAUCCUUUCGGUAACAGUCGGCUUGUUCUUUUCUAUGUGGAAUACCAUACUCCAUGGUACCUGUUUGAACUGUUACCAUUUAUUCUUCUGGGUGUGUUUGGCGGGCUAUGGGGAGCGUUUUUCAUUCGUGCAAACAUCGCUUGGUGCCGCCGACGCAAAUCAACCAAAUUUGGAAAGUUCCCAGUUCUGGAGGUCAUUAUUGUAGCAGCAAUAACGGCUGUCAUUGCUUUUCCAAAUCCAUACACCAGAGUCAACACCAGUGAGCUUAUUAAAGAACUCUUCACAGACUGUGGCCCCUUGGAAUCCUCCUCUCUUUGUGAUUACAGAAAUGACAUGAAUAAUAGUAAAAUAGUAGAUGAUAUUCCUGACCGUCCAGCAGGCACUGGAGUGUAUUCAGCUAUAUGGCAGCUGUGCUUAGCCCUUAUAUUUAAGAUUAUAAUGACAGUUUUCACCUUUGGCAUCAAGGUCCCAUCAGGUUUAUUCAUACCAAGUAUGGCGAUUGGAGCAAUAGCUGGGAGAAUUGUGGGGAUUGCUGUGGAGCAGCUUGCUUACUAUCACCAUGAUUGGUUUAUCUUCAAGGAAUGGUGUGAGGUUGGAGCAGACUGUAUAACACCAGGCCUCUAUGCUAUGGUUGGUGCUGCUGCAUGCUUAGGUGGUGUGACAAGGAUGACAGUAUCUCUGGUGGUUAUUGUCUUUGAGUUAACAGGUGGACUGGAAUACAUUGUGCCGCUUAUGGCUGCAGUAAUGACAAGCAAGUGGGUAGGAGAUGCUUUUGGCAGAGAAGGUAUCUAUGAAGCCCACAUUCGUCUGAAUGGAUAUCCUUUCUUGGAUGCCAAGGAAGAAUUUACCCACACAACACUGGCCGCUGAUGUCAUGAGACCUCGAAGAAACGAAGCACCCCUGGCAGUACUAACACAAGAUAACAUGACAGUGGAUGAUAUAGAAAAUUUGAUAAAUGAAACAAGCUAUAAUGGUUUCCCUGUUAUUAUGUCAAAAGAGUCCCAAAGGCUAGUGGGAUUUGCUUUGAGGAGAGAUUUGACUAUUGCAAUAGAAAGUGCCAGAAAGAAGCAAGAAGGCAUUGUUGGCAGUUCCAGGGUCUGUUUUGCCCAGCAUACUCCUUCACUUCCAGCAGAAAGCCCUCGACCCUUGAAGCUUAGAAGCAUUCUUGACAUGAGCCCUUUUACUGUAACAGAUCACACACCAAUGGAGAUAGUGGUGGAUAUUUUCCGCAAACUUGGCCUAAGGCAGUGCCUUGUAACACACAAUGGGAUUGUCUUGGGGAUCAUCACAAAGAAGAACAUAUUAGAGCAUCUCGAGCAACUAAAGCAGCACGUCGAACCCUUGGCGCCUCCUUGGCAUCAUAACAAAAAAAGAUAUCCUCCGUCAUAUGGCCCAGACGGCAAACCAAGACCCCACAUCAAUAAUGUUCAACUGAACCCAAUAACUGAGGAGAGAGAGGAAAAUGAAGAGGAGGUUCAUUUGUUGAAUAGCACAACACUUUAACACAGGGCAUUGCUUUGCAAUGGGAAGGAAAACUGGACUUAAGGAGAAGUGUGCGACUGGAUUUCAGGAGGUGGCUUAAGAAAAGGUGGGGAAAGGAUGUUCCUCACACUCCCAAAGUGGAGAGAGAGCAAAGUUCUGCAUUCCUGCACUGGAUGUGUUCUAAAUUGGUAGAUCUGCCAUGAUAGUGCAAUGGGAAGUUAUGUUAGAAGACAGAAGGAUCCAGUCCUUAACCUGCCGUUUUACCAUUGAAGAAAGUGGUGGUUAGUCCCUGUUCUGGAGGGAUUGUUUUGAAUUGAGCCAUCUUUUGAAGACUGGAAUAUUUUGCUCUUUUUACCAUAGACAGUUGUUGUGUUGACUCGUGAAAUGCAUAGCUGUAUUCCACAUCACCUCUUUACAUUCCAGAAGAUUUUUUUUAUUUCCUCUCUUUCUCUCUCCUGAGCUGUAACAGCCUUUUCGCAAUUGGUGUGUCCUUUUGAAAUGGUAGUUUCUCAUAUUGAGAUGUACUGUGACCUGCUAAGUUUGAUCACAAGAUGGAAUUGUUUCUUGUGCCAUUUAAACCUAGAGCUUGUUUAUCAUGAAAUUCUUGUGGCAGUUUAGAUCUCCUGCAGCAAACAGAUUGUGCAGGUAAAAUAACUUGGGUGAAGCAUGUUAAGAAAUCCUGCAUUUUGUCAGCUGCAAUAUAAACAGCCAAAACGUGUCUCAAGAAGAAUGUUUCCCUUGCAAGAUAAUAAUGUGACCUGGGCUUAUGCAAUUUUUUGUAUUAUUAAAAACACUAAGGUAUAUAUGUACCAAUGUUGUGCAGUCUAAGGAAGAUACUGCUAUUCUACUAAGAACAGGAACAGUUUGAUAUAAAUGUGUAUCUGAUAACAACUGCAUGCUGAAACACUGAAGAUUGUCCCCCCAUUAAGAUCCAUCACAUUAUGUUUCCCAUUCCUACAAAAAAGAUUGAAAUUUUUAAAAUCAUAAUUUGCACUAGAUAUACAUAGAUAUCUUACCAUGAUUUUAUUUAUAUUUUUAUGGACUAAAAUAUACUAAAUGCAGAUUAGUCACAGGGUUACUUUUACCUUUGUAACAUGAUUUUUAUACACUAAAAAUUCUUUAUUAGCAAAGAUGUGCUAGGCAGCAGCUUGGCAACAGAGGAAGGGUUUAAGUAUUUCUUUCUAACCCAGUCAACACUUGAUUGCCAUAAAUCUUAAAAUUACUGUUUGUUUUUAAUCAAAUAACUGGAAUAUUAAGACACUCAGUAUUUGUAAAUAUUGCAAUAUUUAAACAAUAACAAUAUUUAAAUUACAGGCAUACGUUUUGUCUUUAAAUUUACAGGAAUUUUGAAAUGUAGCAGCUGAAGAGAUAACUCAGUUGUAGUUCAAAUCUCUUAUUACUUGAAAAGAUGUGUAAGGUUUAAACCUCCUCUGCAGUAUAUACAAGCAGGGAGUUCUUUAUAACUGGAACUUUUUGUUAUAUGCUUUGAUCCCAAUUAUAAAUUCUUUAUUUUGAGUCAGAGCACUCCCAUAAAGACUUAAGAGGGAUUGAUUAAGAUAUUGAUUAUGAUAAAACAAAAAGUAAUGAAAAAAAUUGAAAUUUGGGCAUCCCAAAGCCCACAUCAUCUAACACAACAGGCAUUAAUGGCAACUAUUCAGGUAUUUUAUUGUGUGCAUUUAGAAAGACAGGGCAGCAUGAAAACCUCGGCAUGCAUAAUGUGGCUUCUGAGUCUUUACACUUGCUCAGUGGCCCCUACCUCAUUUGAUAAAACCAUUUUAAAACUGGAAUCUCAAAAGCUGUUGCCCAGGCAGCAAAGGAAGCUGCUGUCAAGGAGGCAAAAAAGAACCAGAAGCCCUGCUUGCAUGCAUUUGUGUUCUUGACACAGAUCUACAGCAUCUUGCCAGAGUAAGUUAAUAUCCUCCUUUCUUUAAAGUUCUUGAUACCCAAAUACCCGAGUGGGAAGUCAGCAUGGUUUUAAGAAGUAGAAAGAAAUCAACAAGUGCUUUACUAACUGGCUCAAAUACUAGUUUUAAACACUGUCCAUUGUUUACACAAUACUUCUUCAUAAAUCUUGAGAUGUUUCUCACUAGCUCCUAACUUCACAGUGUAGUUACACUUUUUUGCCUUGAACCCAACAGUUUCUUGAGAAACUCUUUUCAGUCUGACAUUGAUUUGGAUUCAAACCAAUUUGGUUUGGAUUUCCUUUCCAUUGAUGGAAAAUAGCUCCCUCAUUAAAAUUAAUAAUGUACAAACCCACCCACCCACAUUUCCUUUUUUGCUGCUUGGGUAUAAAACUGGAAUAACUUCGUUUGGAGCCUUUUGUGUAAUUCAGUAAUGAUGAGCAAAGAUAAUUUGGCCUCUGUAUAGAUCAUGCAGAGACAGUUUGUUUUCGUCCCUCCAACACGACUUGAAACUGAAAAUAAUUGGCUUUGGGCCAGGUGUGUGUACAAUUCAUCUGACUUUGGCUCUAAUCAUGUGCAUCUUUAAACCAAAUAUUUCCCUGAGCCACACCUUCUAAUUCUUAAAGCUUUGAAACUCCCCUGCAACCACUUAAGUUUUAAGACACUCACUUUAUGUGUGUUUGAAUAAAUGCAGAACCCUGACUGCACUUCAUAGCAUGAAAUGAAAAAUACUAGUUCAUGCCCUUGAUGUGUCUUAUUUAAAUGUUAGAUCUUCACAUUUAGAACUUCAUAUCUAUAUUGUGCUGAUCUAAUGCAUUUUGUUUGCUCUUUUUACCUGAUCAGUUUCCCAUACACUGACACAUCAUGACGUGUUAGAGAUUCUGAAACUAAAGUAAGUGUGCCUGUACUGCUCAACAAAAAGGGUUUACUAAUAAUAAUGUAAAAAUUUGCAGCGCCUUACUCAGGCUGGGGCAGGAUCUGGUGUUUGGGGGGAUGUCAGCAUCUUUUUUUAUUUGUAACAGUUUAGUUGGUGGUUCAUGAAGAUUGCAUAGUUUGUUAAUCUGUGAUAUUUCCUAGAACUGUAUUAAACAUUGAUCUCAAUGUUUUUUAUUUAUACUAGUGUGGUAGCGUUGCAUAUCAUUACAGUAAAAUAAAAUCCUAUUACUGUGAUGAUUCCAUUAGGAAACAUUAAAAAUUCUAUAUGACCA